AUGGCCCCCACCCCGCACCUCCUCCAGCCCCUCGCAACCCUCGCAUCCCGCGCCUUCGACCCCGGCGCAACAGCCGACAGCUUCCGCGAAGAAUGGUCCAACCCGUCGAACUACGCAUUCACUAUCCUCCUGCUCAUCGGCGGGGAUAUUAUUACUAGGGCACUUGCGCAGCUCGUCGGGGGAGCCAUUGCGCCUGUUGCGUUUUCAUUCGGAUGGGUCUCCUACGCAACCUCCGCCGUAUGCUCCGCGCUCGGCGAGUACCGCCUGAUGCCGGACGCCGACACAGGGUGCAGCCUGAUCAACGGCAAAAACGGCUAUGUGAGGGGCAACAACAGCUGGGUGCUGGGCCGCAUCAUGCGCGACUACGAGUACUGGAUGGACGCCGCGAUCCGCGAAAAGACACAGGCGCUCAUCGACGCCCGCUGGAAAUUCGACCAGGCAAAGGAGGCCGAGAACUACCCGGACUCAGGCAUAAAAGUCCCCCGCCCAAGUCAGGCCGGCCUGGUCGUAUCAGUCUACAAACCCAGCAAGACGAUCCCCGCCGGCGUCCCGGGGAAAGACCUCCUCUACUGGUCUGGACUCAUCGUGACAAUCAUCCAGCUCGGCAUCGCGAGCAUCCCCGCCGGCCUGGACGGCGACUGGGGCGUGCUGAUGAUAACGGGCGCCGCGACACUGCUGUGCUACGGCACCGGCGCGCUAACGCAAUGGCGCGUCGAGAAAUGGGCGUGUCGACGGCUGGAUAAUCGGAGUAAGAAGAACUUCGUCCUGACGCGCGGCAACGGCGCCCAGCACGCCAUCGCCAUCGUCUCCGAGGGCGUGGGUCUAGACCUCGAGGAUCUGGCCACGGGGUUCAGCAUGAUCGAUUACCCGACCAUCACGAUCUUCGCGCAGGUCGCGACGAUUAUCCUGGGCGUUGCGUGGGUCGCGCUGCUUAUUACGGCGUCCGGCGUUGAUCGGGGAAGCUGGUAUUUAAUCGCCGUUGGGGCGAUUGGGAUGCUGCAGAAUAUUUUUGUCGCCGGGUGGAAGCGCACCCCUGCGGCUUAUGGGGUGCCGCUGGAUUUUGUGGAGGUUGUGGGGGAGGUGAAGGUUAUGGGGACGCUUUUGGAGCUGGAGAGGAGGUAUGAGAAGCUUGGGCGGAGUUUGUUGGGGACGUUCUUCCCGGGGGAUUUGAGGGGGGAUGAGGUGAGGCUGUGGGAGGAGGUUAAGGAGAGUUGGAGGGAGAGGAAGGCGGAGGGUGGGGAGGAUAGGAAGGGGAAGUAG